ACGGUUAAGAUAAUAACUAUUGGACCCAUCAACUUCUUUUUUCCCUACCUUGGAAUAAAUACAUGAUAAAACUCCAAUAGCGGAAUAAAUAUAAUGUUUCCGUUAUAUAAAGACCAUCAUAAGUUUCAUCAUUAAUCCCACUUUAGUUUCUUUAAAUCACAUCCCUUCAUCCUGAAGCCAAACCCCUCUCUUUCUCUCUUUGUCUCUUUCUAUCUUUCUCUUACACAUAUCACAUAUGCAAACACAUGAGAUGGAUGUUUGUUCACCAGCCACGACCAAGAAGCUCUCAAGACUCGCGAAGCUAAUCCUCUACACCAUCCAGAAGGUCUCAGACGCCUCACGUCACAAACUCCAAACAACACUCGAUCCACAACUACUCGCGAAACGUGGCAAGACCCUACGCAAAUCUCUAAACGAAGCCGUUUCGACUUCCCACUCCCACAUCACAUGCCGUCCCUCCGACCACGACGAUGUCCGAUCCUCCUUCAUCUCACCUGUACCGCUGCAGCUAGACUACGAGUUCAGCUGCAGCAGCACCCCACCAAGACGUUCCUACGCCUCGACCACCACCGACGGACGACGCAGCGGGUCUCGCAAACCGCUUAUCAACAAACGCCAACGCCACGAGUAUAUCCGAUACAACACGCUGCCUAAGAUUCAUCGGGAACGACACGGUGCAGCGACCGUGUUUCCCGACGUAGCCAGCAGCGUGGGAACCAUGGACAGCUGCCACGUGGACAGAGCGGCGGAGGAGUUUAUACAGAGGUUCCAUAGAGAGCUGAGGUUGCAGAGGUGGAUGAUGGGUCAGGAGGUUUAAAACAUGUUUUAGCGUCACCUUUCGUUACACCAAAAUAUCAAAUCAUAUGGGAAAAAAAAUACUGUAAUAUGUAACUUUAGUAAUCUUAUUUUGACUUUUUAAUAUUUCCCUGUAUAGUUUUCAUUUUUUAUCUUUCAUUUGUUUUCUGUAAUCAAUGAAUCCAUGAACGUGUUUAAUUCA